UUGCGAAAAAAACAUUGACAUUGUUUGGAGCAGGCAUUCACCGAUAUAAACAAGAUGGGCUGUAAGGUGCUGUGUCCCAGUAUUGCUCUCCUUGCUUAUCUUAUGAUCUGUGAACAUGUCCGAGGGGAAUGUGCACAGCCUUCUUUUGCAUCAAGAAAUGUCAUUUUAUCAGGAAACGAUCUCUCGACUCAAAAUUUCUCAGAAGGAUCUAGUGUAACAUUUGAGUGUGUGAUUGGACACAAGCCAGUUGACGUAACAGCAUCUAGAUCAGUUACCUGUGAGGGAAUCCAGUGGAGUAGUCUGGGACUCAGUUGCACACAAAAAUCUUGUGGAAGUCUUCCUGAUUUCCGUAAUGGGAGAUAUGAAAUGACUGGGAUUUCAUUUGGCAACACGGCUAGACCAGUUUGUGACAAAGGAUACAUGUUAGCGGGUAGAGAAACAACAAGAACAUGCCGAGAUCAGGGAUGGGAUGGCCGAGAUCCUCUCUGUGAAUCGGUGAAAUGUUCAGCACCUCCAGUCAUAGAAAAUGGGCAACUCAAAGAAGUGCCUUUGGAAAGUUACGAAUAUUUAGAAGCAGUCUCCUAUAGCUGUAACAGAGGAUUUAAUCUUAUAGGACAAACAACACUUUAUUGUUCUGAGGAUGGAACCUUUAAACCAGAUCCACCAAAAUGUUUUGAUGGGUGUCCAGCACCUAAAAUUCCUAAUGCAAAAAGAGUUGGUGGAAAAUCAGCACCCUACAAACUGGGUAACUUUAUAGAAUACAAAUGUGAAGAUGGCUAUACACUGAAAGGAAAUACUUAUAUUGUGUGUAGAGAAAAUGGAUGGAGCCCUGAACCACUACAAUGCAUUGGGGAAUGUAAACCGCCUUCUUUUGCAUCAAGAAAUGUCAUUUUAUCAGCAAACGAUCUCUCGACACAAAUAUUCCCAGAUGGAUCUAGUGUAACAUUUGAGUGUGUGAUUGGACACAAGCCAGUUGACGUAACAGCAUCUAGAUCAGUUACCUGUGAGGGAAUCCAGUGGAGUAGUCUGGGACUCAGUUGCACACGAAAAUCCUGUGGAAGUCCUCCUGUUUUCCGUAAUGGGAGAUAUGAAAUGACUGGGACUUUAUUUGGCGACACGGCUAGACCAGUUUGUGACAAAGGAUUCAUGUUAGCGAGUAAGGAAACAACAAGAAAAUGCCGAGAUCAGGGAUGGGAUGGCCGAGAUCCUCUCUGUGAACCGGUGAAAUGUUCAGCACCUCCAGUCAUAGAAAAUGGGCAACUUAAAGAAGUGCCUUUGGAAAGUUACGAUUAUUCACAAGAAGUCUUCUAUAGCUGUAACAGAGGAUUUAAUCUCAUAGGACAAGCAACACUUUAUUGUUCUGAGGAUGGAACCUUUAAACCAGAUCCACCAAAUUGUUUUGCCCUACCUACGAUUCCCACGACUACCACAACUCCUGUGUUUUCCACAACAUCCAAGCCUGCUAAAGAGAAAACUCACUUGGUUACCACACUGAGUGUUGUGUUUGCGAUCUUGAUUGUUGUUACGGGUGUGAUGGUAUGUUGGAUUGUCAGAAGGAAUCGCAAACACUCGUAUUCUCACAAGGUUGCAACUAAUAAUCAAGACUAUCCAUUAUGAAUCCCUCACAUACAUGGUUUUCAUGAAAUUGCCAUGGAGAAAAUCUGUGGAGCAUCUUGCAAAUAUAUAUCAUUUACAUUAGCACUUUCCAGAAUUAAAGAGGCUGGCUAAUUUCCUGCAAUAAAUUCCUCCGUAAUCAGAACCACUGUUCCUUUGAAAAGCAUCUAAUGUUCUGCAUUCUAGCAGUCUCUGACUUCACCCCAUUCUGUACUCUGAAACAGAUCUGUCUUCACAUAAGACAGGUUGAUUUCACUUUUAUAAAGUGCUUGCUUGUCAUUUCUAUCUUAAUUUUCAACACCGUUGAUACAGUGACCACUCUUCUGUUAAUGAUGUUGCUGUUCCUCUUCAUGAGAAUGACUGAAGAUUCACACCAAAAGUGCACUGAUUGUCCCAUACCUCACUGGUUUUGUUGAGAGAUUAAUUGUUCAUGAAUAUUUAUGUAGAAAGUCUGAUCAAAUCAAAAAUGUAAAAGAGAUACAUUUUUGAAUUUAUAAGUCAGAUUGUUUAAACAAAACCAAAUGUUGAACAAUGCUUACUGCAUUACUUUUAAUUUGGAUAAAACAGGAUAUGUAUAUUAAACUUCCCUGUAAAUAUUCAGCAGAAUGUUAUUUGCCGUGCAGAUUUUAAAUGGGAAGUUUUGUCUUAAAGUGCCUUUUCAUUUUCCUGGGGUUUUUGCUCCGUAUUGUCUAGCUCUAUGUGUAUGGGCUCUUAUUUCAUUAGAAAUGCUUUGCUAUUGAUUACAUACUUGGAUCUAAUGAAGAAAAAUAAAAGCAAAUUCAGUAAUUUGUUGUCAGUAAUUUGUUCUUGCCAAAUUACAGACAUGUAAAAUUAUCUGGUUAAUUUCAGCUCAUAUUUUCAACCAUUUCUGUUAAAUUGGUUAAGUAUGUAUCAUAUACGGUUUUAUUGUAGCAACUAGCUGUUGUUUGGAAUAAUGGUUUUGAACCAUCACUUUGACAUGCAAAUGCUGGAAUGCAAUAAAGUUGAUCAUACAUAAAUCCA